GGCACUUGGCGACAAACGACAGACACAAUACAACAAACAUGGCUCUCUUCUAUACUCGGUGUCUUCAAGACCUACCUCGUCUGAAUAUUAACGAUGUGAACAGACUAGUGAAGAAGUCUUGCACCACUCCCUCCAGUAAACGGGAAAAGGGAUUUAAGAUGUAUAUCGCCAGCUACAUCGAUAAUUACGAGGGUAAGUCAUUAUGUUCAAAUGUUACAUUAGGCUGAAAUGUUACAUUAGGCUACAUUGUAAUAGCUUCUAGCUAGCGUUGAUGUUAAAUGAACGAUUAGACGGCUAACGUUAACGUUCGGUUAACGUUCGUUGUUUUGAUCGACUAUGACUGACAGACUUGUCAGCUAAUAUUAAGUUUGAGUUUGUUUUAGAUACUGUCAAGGUAUUGUGCAAAAUGUAACGUUAACGUUAUAGUAUUGUGUGUUCGUCUUCUUCCUUCCUCACAGUGUCAUUGAGAGACAAGGUGACAGGAGAGAUCAGCGUGAGGGCAGUCUGUCAUAGAUCAAUGAGGAAAAGUGAAAAGCCACACGACUUAAGAGUAGGGUCAUUGUUAGGGCAAUGGUUAGGUUUGACAAACUGAUAGAGUUACCUGUCAGCUAAAUUAAAGCACACAUAUCAUAUCUGCUAUCUUAAAUUAAGCCCCUUUACCCCUCCCUACAUACACAGCUUGUUGCCUUAUCUCAACAUGCAUACAGCACACUGCCCCCAUAACCACCACUUCCAUCACUCCCCUGUAAUCAUCCCUGGAUGCUCCUUGUUGGGUUAGGGUAAGGGUUAGGGUUAUCUAACGCUAAACAAAUGCCCUGUAUCAUGUGUAAUACAUUUUCAUAUUUUUGUGUGAACUUCAUAGAACAGCCUACAGUAAUGUAUUUCUUGUUAGCCUAAUGCUUUUGCUGUCAAUCAACAUCUCAUGUAAGCUUCUAUUUCUCUAUAGAUGGUGUUAAAACACUCAAAACCAGUUGUUUUGGUGAGCAGCCAUUGUUCCUGUGUGGCGGGCUGUGCCUUAUGCAAUCAUUUGGUUGCACUCCUGUAUCACACUGCCCACUAUUCACAGCUAAGCAUUCCUGCUAUUCCCCCCGUGCACAGCUGCACAGACACAGAGCAGAUCUGGCACAAACCGAGGACACUGGGUGUGAGGCCAGGCCCAGUUGGAGAAAUGGAGUUUCGAAAACCCAAAAAUUCAACUGCAGACUGUGUAAGAAGUUCUCUCUACAAGGCGGUGGAUGGGGAACUGCUAGAUCUUGCCAUGUUGAGAGUUUCAGAGGUGUACAAAGAUUUCCCUCCUUCACUUGCACCCUUGGUGACAACAAUGGGCAUGUCCGCUGAUGUCCCAUUAGUCCAGUCUGCAUUUGGAGCUGUCCAGGCAGGGAGCUUACUGUCAUUUCAGCAAAAACCUCCAGCAAUAAGGGAAGUCUUCAACAUCCCAUCUGCUCCUGCUUAUCCCUCCCUUCCCAUCCACAGCCACAGGCUUCAACCGCCAUCCUGUGCCUAUGUUCUGUCAGAGCAAGAAAGUCUGCACCUGAAGUCUCUGGAUGUGUCAUUCAACAUGGCCCACAGGAUAGAAGCUGGAACACAAAUGCAGAGUUUGUGCCAGCAGUGGCAUCGCUUGAGAAGAAUGCGUGUGACAUCUACACGUUUCUAUGAGGUAUGCCAUGUUCGUGGACAUACAUCUGCAGAAAAUCUGGCUGAGAGAAUUCUCCGGGGAACUGGGCAGACCAGGGAUAUGAGGAGAGGAAUUGAUAUGGAGCCACGUGCUGUUAAAGAGUAUUGCACGCUGAAAAAUGUCAACUAUUCACCCUGUGGGUUCAUUGUGCAUCCUGAUGCUCCAUGGCUAGGAAGUUCUCCUGAUGGAGUCAUCUUUGAUCCCUCUGGGAACCCACCAUUUGGUCUCCUUGAGGUCAAAUGCCCCAAUAUCCAGAGCUAUGUAGACUGUCCCUAUCUAAAAAUGUCAGGUGGUGCUUUGAAACUCAGGAGGCAGCACAAGUACUACUGGCAAGUUCAAGGUCAGAUGCUACUGACAGGGCUAGAGUGGUGUGAUUUUGUUGUUUAUGCUCAGGAGGACAUGUUUGUCGAGCGUAUUUAUAAAGACCUUGAUGUAAUGUACACCAUUAGAGACGGAGCAGAUCAUUUUUUCUUUUACCACUACUUACAGAAGUGUUUACAGUAAAUCAGUCCAAUGCCUUUGUAUAGUAUCUAUCAAUAAGUGUAAUCAGUUGCAAUCAGUUCAUUAAUCAGUUUCAAUCGGUUCAGUGAGUUCAGAUGUUAUUGUUCAUUUUUACAAAUCUAUUUUUUAGAUUAGAUUCAACUUUAUUGUCAUUGCACAGAGUACAAGUACUGAGACAACGAAAUGCAGUUUAGUAUCUAACCAGAAGUGCAAAGAAGCAGAAUAUCUGAACCUAUCAAGAAGACUAUACAGUAUAAGAACUGUUCUGUUUACAUUUGCCGUCUAUACAAUAUCUAAGCUGAUGUACUGUUCAUGUUCGCAAGUCUAUACCAAAUGGAAAUUGUUACUUAGUAUAAAGUACACAUGCUGCUGCUGCUGUUGUUUUACUGUUACACUGUAUACAGCUCAAGUUACUGUUGAUGGGCUCUUAAAAUAACUUGAUAUGUAUGUAUGUAUUUAUUUGUUUAUUAAACUGUGAUGGAAUGUUGUAUGUAUAUUAUAAUAAAUGUGAUGCAUAACUUAUGACUUCAAUAUUCAAAUAAAUAGAAAUGCCACUUGAAGUACUCUGAAA